AUGAUGAAUGUUAAAAGAAGUCAUCAUUUAGAUUAGCAAUCUCUCACUCCUAUUAAGCCUUACUCUUAUAAGCAAGCAGGACUAUUGGACUAUGAUUAAGAAUAAGUUUCUCUCCCAGUCAUUAAGACCAAACUAAACAAAUUUAAGAAAAUCAAAAGAAAGAGGAUAAAAUCUCCCUCUUUAAGAGAAGAUCAGCUUAUAUCCAUGAAUAUGGCUCACAGAUAAACGAAGCAGCAAAAUCUCAAUUAUGAAUAUGAGGAGAGAUAAAACAAUAAGAUAGCGAAACUGCUCAAUAUAGAUUUCAGCGAUUCAGAUCUGAAUAGAGAGGCUCAAAAUGUUAAAUUCCCUAAAAUACCCUAAAACUUGGAUGGUCCAAGAGAUAUAGUAAAAAAUAGGCGCCUAUAAAAUGAUUAGAGUGUGCUAUCAGUUUAGCAGAAAAGCAAUACAACCAUGAAUGUAAUCCAUGAUAAUUUAAAUAAUAGCUACCGUAUUAGCUCUAAAAAUACAACUGCUACACCUAUGCUAAUUGACAGCAAGACAAAAUUUAAUUAAUUCAUAGAAAAUACACUAGCAUCAACUACCUCUGCAUACUAGAGCACCCCAUUCUAGGAUCACUAUGAUAGAUUCGCUAGGAGAUAUGACAUGCCUAAAUAUAAAUAAUCUCACAAUGAUAGCACUUAAUAUACGCCAACACCACUUAGUUAAAUUAAAAUGACUAAUUCAAGAAUAUCUGGCUCUAGAUAAAAUAUUAAUUAGUCUUCUAACAGAGUACUCAUUUAAGAUGAUUUUGUCUGGUAAAAUAAUAUUCCUGUGUAAAGAAUUAAGCCUCAAUAUACUAUGGAGCAGCUAGAAGAAAUGCAGCAUUAAAGAGAAACAAAGAUGAGAGAGCAUCAAAGUAGAGUUAAGUUCAUUGUAGAAAAGCUUACUGGAAGUAGAAAAACUAAUAGAUUUUGCCCAUGCUGUUCCUAUAAGUAUGAUUCUCCUUAUGAGCAGCCAGUUCAUCAUCAUACCCAUCAUAAAAGACUAAAAUCUAGAAACGCCAGUUUCAAGAAUAAUUAAAUCAUUACAAGUCAAAAUAACAAUAUACAUCUGAUGAGCGAUAACAAUAUCAUGAGUUUGCCAUCACACAAUCUAAGUUUUCUCAGGAAAGGAGAAAGUAAUCAUCACCAUCAUUAUCCAAAUGACUUAAGCAACAAUAGUUUUAAGCUAUCUCAUACAAACUCACCAAGAUUUGGCAAGAAAAAAAUGUCUUAAGAAGUGAAAACUAGAUUAUAUGGCUCAUAGGACUCACGCAAAAAAAUCUGCUCAACAAAUCAUAACCACAUGAGACCGAUUGAUAUAAAAAGAGAGCAAUUAUCACCUCUGCUUAAGCCGAGGCCUCUAUCUGCUGAGAAAAUACUUAAACAUGAUAUUAGUUUGUCUCCAAUUUAAUUCAGUCAGCUAGAUGCGGAUAAUCAAGUUUCAGAGCAUGCCUUUUCAGCAAAAAUCAAAUUUAAUGAAUUAGAGAUUUAAACUGGUAAUCAUCUCUUGGACAAUUUUAGAUGGAAAGAAGAGAGAUCUAUAGAGAUUGGAACAGAGCCAAUAGUAGAAGUUAAAUUGGAUUAGCAGUUAACUAUAGAAAUGAACAUUGUUAAAGAAAAGAAGAUCAAGCAGCAGCCUACUCUCAAGUAUGAUUGGGCUGAAUCAGAAAUAUUUAAAUCAGUAAAUGAUAAGCAUCAAUAAGUAAAAGAAAUAUAAAGAAGGAUGACUCUCAGGGACAAAGCAAGUAUGAAUAUGCAAUAAGAUUCCAUGUUGAUAUCUCAAAAUAGCAAUAAUUAAAAAGAGUUGAAUAAGUCAGUAAUGACAGUUGGAGGACCCUCACUUAUUGAUGAUAAGCUACUUGAUGCAAUUACAUAAAUGCCUAUAACGAAUAGCAAUUUAAAGUAGUAUUAAGAUAAGGCUGAACCAAAUAAUAAUGAUGGUGAGGCUCUAGAGCAAGAUAGUCUAAACUAAGAGAAUUUAUAAUUUUAAGUGGCAAACUAACCUAUAGUUGAUACUGAAGAAAUCAAAGAUCUUGACACUUAAUUAAUGACUUUUAACAAAUCUAGGAACGAUUAAUAGGAAGGAGAAGAGGGUGCUGCUAAUCUAGUGUAAAACUAAAAUACUCAUAAAACUGCUGUUUAUAUUGAAGAUAAUUACCCUGCUAAUUCUGAUUCUAUGAAUAAUAGAGAAAGUGGUGUACUCUCAUAAGAUUAACCUAUAAAUUUUAAUCCAGACAAUGAAAUCUUAGUCAUAUCAAAAUCCAUUAAAAACAUAUCAGCUUAGAAGCAGCUAAUUACAAAAAAUUUGAAUUAAAAUAGCUAAGAUAUAGCUUUAUCUGAGAAAAACUCUUAUGAAAUAAAUACUAUUCCAUUGAAUGAAUUACAGAUAUCAAAUGUAAAUAAUCAAGAUUCCAAUAAAUUAGGUAAUGGAGACGAUAAUAGUCUGACUCAUCCUCAUAACCCACUAGACCCUUUAGCUGAUGAUGAAUUAUUAUAAUUUAAACAUGAAAUAUACACAGAGAUAGAAGCAACAUACAAAGCAUCUUUGCUUAAAAAGAAAGCAAAGACUUAUAACAAUCCUGAAAAUCUUUUGGAAUUCCAUGUCAAAGCAAAGAGGACAAUAGAAGUACUUACUUACAAUAUGAUAUAGGCUGAUGUGUCGCUUGAUCGUAUAUUUGAAUAUUAUGAGGAUAUAAACCGGCCUAAUGUGAUUAAGAUGCUUUUGAGAUGUAGACUACUAUAUUAGGCUAGAGUUGAUGUUCGAAAGAUACUUUAGCUAAUUAUAAAAAAGGAGGAGAUGUAUGAAGAAUUAAGCCAAAUAAUGAUGUUAGGAGAGAAAAAUUUAAAGAGAAUAGAUCCCCUUUAAUUAUCCUCCUUAAUUGAUGAUGGAUUGAGACUAAUUUAGAGACUUUUAAGUUCAAUAAGCAAUUUUAAGCAUGAACAUAAAAUAUUUAAGGGUUAAUUUCUGUUUAAGGGGUAGGAUUACUCAGAAACGCUAGUCCAAUAGAGAAAUUAGAUAUAAGAUUUUGUAUGGGAAUCAGGGUUGUAAGAAACUAUGUAUUCAUAUAGAAAAAGUGACUUGCUCAAUAGAACUGGUGAUAGAUUCACAGAGUUCAAAUUGAUAAAGGAUUAGAUCGAAAAUGAUGAAUAAAAUCUAGAUCAGCAAAAUAGCACAUUGUUAAAGGAGGAAAUCUCCUAGGAAAAUGAUUAAAUUUAGCAAGAACCUCUACUUAGUUCUCAAGUUUUGGAACAGUCAAGUGAUAUUAAAAAUUACAAAAUUCUUUAAGCUGCAAUGGAUCAAAUCUAGAAUGAUGAAGUAGACUUAUUGAAUGAAUAGUAAAUAAGAGAAAAAGAUUAAAGAUAAAGUAAAGACGAAAUAACAAUAAUUAAUGAAGACUAGAGUAUUGCUAAGGGAAUAGUAGUUGAGGAAGAAAAAUAAGAUUAUGACAACAACUUUAUUUAGGAGGAGUAAGAAGAUUAAAGAUUAGGUGAAGUUUAAAUUCAAGAAUCUAUUGACUUUGAAUCACAGUAAAUUAACCAAGAUAUGAGCCCAAAACCUCUAUCUGUCAUAGAUGAGUAAAUAGACAACGAACCAUCAAUCAAUCACAUUGAAGCAGAUAUUAAUACAGAUGCUCAAGUCUCUCGCCAACAAAGUGUUAGACAAUCAAAUUAAGUUAUAGAGUAUGAGGAUGGUAUAGAAAUGAAUCAUUUGAAACCUUUACCUCUGAACAACUUGACUGCGUAGCAAAGUGAGUAAAACGACAUUGAUUAUCUCAUUAAUGAGGAUGUAGCUAGCAGCCAUAAAAAUUCAAUGGCUAACUUAAACUCAAAUCAAGUAUCCAUGAAAAAUUUAAAUAUUAAAGACAAAAAUGAUAAGCAUCAAUAUGAUGACUAUUUUUGA